CCUCCCCCUUUUCUGCCGCUCUCUCUCUCUCUCUCGGGUCGUCAAACGGGACAGCUCCAUCGUACGUGCGGCGCAAUGGCCAACCUAGACGCUUUUUGUGGCAGAUGGCGCUUGGUCUCUAGCGAAGGCUUUGAGGAGUAUAUGAAGGCACUGGGUGUGGGCAUAGCCAUGAGGAAGAUGGGGAACAUGGCCAAGCCAGAUGUUGUCGUCACCAAGGUUGGAGAUACAUUGCAUGUAAAAACAGAAAGCACAUUCAAAACGUCAGAAAUCAGUUUCAAAUUGGGUGAGAAAUUUGAUGAAGACACGAUAGAUGGCCGAAAAACUCAGACCCUUAUCACUUUAGAUGAAGAUAACGUAUUGCACCAGCAUCAACAGUGGGAUGGCAAAGAGACCACGAUAACAAGAAAGAUAGUAGAUGGAAAACUGGUUGUGGAAUGUGUCAUGAAUGGUGCCAAAUGUACUCGCGUCUACCAGAAAGCAUGAAGAUACUGGCUUCCAUUUCAUGUUGGGAGCCUAUCGAUGCGCAGCUUAGUUCCAGGAACAAAGCGAGUCUGCACUCCAUAUUUAUCAUCUCUUUUCCCUCUCCCUGUCCCAGAUUUUGUAAGCAUCUUGGAGGAAUCAGUACUGUAUACUAUUAAAUUUCAGCCCCUGAAUGUAACCAUUGAGAAAGAUUAAAUUUGAAAAUUUCAAGUA